GCAGGGGAGAAAUGUGGUUACCCCUCCUUCAGAACUCUUCCAUCGCUCACCAGUGCCCUCAGGGUGAAGCUCAAACUCCUGGCCAGAGCUUACAGGGCCUGUGGGUGUGCCUGUGUCCUCUUGUCCUCCUCCCCCAGCCCACUGGCCACCUCGCUCCUCUUCAGACCUGCCAAGCUCCGUCCUGUCCUUGGACUCACUCUUCCUGUCCCUGAGCAGCUUCCUCUGCCCUUUGCCAGAUCCCUGCUGUCCUUGGGACUCAGCUCACGUGUGCCCUGCACCCCACUCGCCUGUCUGCCCACUCAGCUCUCCUUCAUUGCUGUGGUCCUCCAGCUUGCAGCAUCAGUCUCCUGAGCCCCAUGCUGUCUCUGGUUCGGGAGGUCAGCAGUGGGUCCCAGAACCUGCAUUUUGCACAGCUGCCAGGGGCUGCUGGUGCUGUUUGGUGACCAGUGUCAGUGAGAUCAUCAUCCUCGUUCACAUGUUUCCUUAUUAUUGAUUGUCGUUUUCCAACCAGAAUGUCGGGUCCUCAGGGCAGGGAUUGUACCCCGUUUGCUCGCUUCUGUGUGUCCAGUGCCUGGCGCAGGGCAGGUGGUCAAUGCGUACUUAGAGAGUGAAUGACUGCAGUUUGGAGUCAGUUUGGGCUCUGCACACCAGGCUGAAGUGUUUGUGCUAUACCUGUCUGGGACAGUGUAGCAUCUUGGACACAGGUGUGCUGGGGUGGUGGCAGGGCCAUGUACUGUAUUUUAGUCUUACAGUCCCUAAUGAUCACAUUAGAGUGCCUUCCAUGGGGCGGGCUGUAUGUAUGUAUGUCUUCCCGACGACCCUGUGAAGUGGAUACUGUUACAGUCCCACUAUACUCAAGAAGAAACCGAAGCACAGAAAGGUUCAGACACUUGCCCAAGGUCACACAGGGAACUGAUGGCAAACUGAGACCUGCCAUCACCUCAGCUUGCAGAGAGGGGCGGGCAAGUCGCACAUCUGGUUGAAUCCAAGUUCUGUCGUGGCGGCAGUGGAGGGUCCUUCGUUCAUUCCAUCCACGAGAGCAAAUGGUCGAGGAGCACCUGUCAUGCACCAGGCCUCAUUCUAGGCAUUGGGGACACGGCUGGGAGCAAAACUUCCUCCCCCGCUGGAGCGCAUCUCCUGUGUGGGAGUGUAAAAAACCAGGGAAAACACAGGUCAGGUGGGGGAAGUACUGAGGAGAGAGAUGAAGAGAGAGGGGGUAUGGAGAUGGGGAGUGUGGUUUAAAUAGGUGGCGGACGGUGUCUUGAAGAAGUGUCCAUGAGCAGAGACCUGAAAGAGGCAAGGGAGCCCUGCAGACACCAGGAGGAAGGGCAUUUGGGCAGAGGGAACAGUCAAGGCAAGAGAGUGAGCAAGGGGCGAUGGGAGGGUCCAGCCCCGGGCUUUUACCUGGAAUGAGGUGCAGCUGGGGCAGGGCUCACCAGGAAGGCCCUGACCUGACUCAAGUUCACAGGCUCCCUGUGUCUCUGCAUGUGGGGGCACAGGAAUGGAGCAGGGGGACCUUGGGAGGUGGAUUUAGUAGUCGAGGAGUGGUAGUGGCCUGGGUCAUCAUCAAUUCCAUUUAUUUAUUUAUUUACUUUAUUCCACAAAUUUAUGUCACAAGUAUGUCAUGAAUGCCUACCGUGGGCCCUGCUCUGAGCCAUACUGGGGACAGAGCAGUGACCAAAACAACACCAAGGCUUGCCAUCAGGGAGUUCAAGGACCUGUGGGAGAAAUGGAUUCGUCAUCAAACAGGGACAGCACAGAGUAGUUAGGGCUGGGAUGAGGGAAGCAUAGGUAGAAAGGUUAGAGCUGGGAUGGGAGCUGUGGGAACCCACAGAAGGGAGGCAGGAUGCAUAAGUUUGCUAGGCGAAGAGGAGGAAGGACAGUUUGGACAGAGAGACAGCGUGUGCUAAAGCUCGGAGGCAAGAGAGAGAAGUCCGAGGAGCCCCAGGUGAUGGAGAGUCUCUUACUCCUCCCCAGGGGAGACUGAGGACCCCACGUUGGAAUUCUGCCCAGAAUUAAACCAGCUGUGUGUCUUUGGACAAGCAGUCUGGUUGGUUGCAAUAGUCCAGGAGGAGUGGUGGUGCUCCAGGUCAUCAUCGAUGUCAUUUAUUUGUUUAUUCCACAAAUUUAUUUCAUGGUUUGAGCCUGAGAAGCGCAGAUGGUAACAGCACCAAAUGCAUAAGGAACUGUACGAUUAAUCAUACACAGAGCUUGAGCUUGUCAUGGUCCUAAUAACAAAGUCAACAAAAGUGUCCCUUUAAAGUUCCCCAGACUGACUCCACAGCCCACUGGCUGGCAGUUUAUGAUUUUUCAGUGCUCUAAUAGUUCUGUUUGUUCAGAGGCUGCUUCUGCAUGGUAGGAACCUUGUCUGGUGGCUUCUGCUGCUCCCAGCUCUAGGCCAGGCAUGGAUUAUUCACAUAGUCACCAGUGUGUGUUCAGAGUUCACUAUGUACCAGGUAGUUUUACGUGCUGGGGACACAGUGGCAACCGAGACCUCCUGAAGUUCACAGUCUGGGGCAGACGAUAAACAAACUGAAUAAGCCAUCAGGAUGAGUUGAGAUAGUGUGAGUGGGACUGGGAGCUGGGGGCUGGGCCACCAGGGGAGGAGCAUUUGAGUGGAAUGAGACAGAACUGCUAAUGCUGGGGCUGUGGGAGGGCAUUCCAAGCAGCAAACAGAAGUACAGUGGCCUUGACUCAGAGAAUGCACUUGGCGAGCUUAAUGGACAAAAGGAGGCUGGGAUGGUUGGAAGGAAGGGAGUGACAGGGACCACACUAGGGCCUUGGGGACUUUGCUUUUAGCUGGAGUGAGGUGCAUUGCAUGGGACUCAACCAGGAGGACCCUGACCUGACUCAGGGGUUCAUUGGCCCCCUCUGUCUAGCUGUAGGAGGCAGGGACUAGAGCAGGAGGCCAGGGAGGAGGCUACUGGUGUGAUAGAGGCUGGGCCAGGGCACUAGGGCAGAGGGGAGUGGGCACAAUAGAAAUAAUGGAGAUAAAUUUUGGAGGUGGACCAGGUGGGACUUGCUAACAAAUUAGAAAUGAGAGAUGAACAAGAAAGAAAAUAAGAUGUAUACUUUUUUAGCUCAAGUAACUGAGUGGAGAGUGGAGAGUGGCUGCUCAGUUAAUAUUUAUUGUAUGAAUAAAUAAGUUAAUUCAAAAAAUAGGCAUAUUGAGAGCUCACUGUAUGCCAGGCUCUAUUACAAGCACUGUAGAAGUAUUGAUUCAUUUAACCCUCCAUAUAACCAGAUGAGAACAUGCAUUUCUUAUUCCUGGGUCACAGAUGAAGUAUCCGAGGUACAGAGUGUUAGGGAACCUGCUCUGGGUCACAUGCUAGGAAGUAGAGUUGAAUGGAUGGGCGGACAUCAAUGGGCUAAUGGGUAGGCCUCCCAAAGUAGGCCUGUCUCCAUACCCUGGCUUGUUUUUCCCCAUGACCCCCUUCUCUGCUCCCCGCACCUAGCACCACCCCCCACUCUGGCCGGAGCACACCGAGCAGCUCCCCAUCUCUCCGUAAGCGGCUCCAGCUCUUGCCCUCAAGCCGAUCCGCACCUGAGCCGGAACCAGGCACCAUGGUGGAGAAGGGGUCCGAUAGCUCCUCAGAGAAGGGUGGGGUGCCUGGGACACCCAGCACCCAGAGCCUGGGCAGCCGGAACUUCAUCAGAAACAGCAAGAAGAUGCAGAGCUGGUACAGUAUGCUGAGCCCCACGUACAAGCAGCGGAACGAGGACUUCCGAAAACUGUUCAGCAAACUCCCUGAAGCCGAACGCCUCAUCGUGGAUUACUCCUGUGCCUUGCAGCGUGAGAUCCUCCUCCAGGGCCGCCUCUAUCUCUCCGAGAACUGGAUCUGCUUCUACAGCAACAUCUUCCGCUGGGAGACAACAAUUUCCAUUCAGCUGAAGGAAGUGACGUGCUUGAAGAAGGAGAAGACGGCCAAGCUGAUCCCCAACGCCAUCCAGAUCUGCACAGAGAGCGAGAAGCAUUUCUUCACCUCCUUUGGGGCCCGGGACCGCUGCUUCCUCCUCAUCUUCCGCCUCUGGCAAAAUGCACUGCUUGAAAAGACGCUGAGUCCCCGCGAGCUCUGGCACCUGGUGCAUCAGUGCUACGGCUCAGAGCUGGGCCUCACCAGUGAGGAUGAGGACUAUGUCUGCCCCUUGCAGCUGAACGGUCUGGGGAGCCCCAAGGAAGUGGGCGAUGUGAUUGCCCUGAGUGACAUCACGCCCUCGGGGGCAGCCGACCACAGCCAGGAGACAAGCCCAGUGGGUUCGCGCCGUGGCCGCAUCACCCCCAACCUUUCCCGGGCCAGCAGUGAUGCAGACCAUGGGGCAGAGGAGGACAAGGAGGAGCAGACAGACAACCAGCCAGAUGCCUCCUCCAGCCAGACAGUGACUCCGAUGGCCGAACCCCCGAGCACAGAGCCCACCCCAUCUGACGGGCCCACUUCCCUGGGCCCCUUGGACCUGCUGCCCAGUGAGGAGCUAUUGACGGAUACGAGUAACUCUUCCUCAUCCACAGGGGAGGAAGCGGACCUGGCCGCCCUGCUUCCCGACCUCUCCGGCCGGCUCCUCAUCAACUCCGUUUUCCACAUGGGCGCCGAGCGGCUCCAGCAGAUGCUCUUCUCAGACUCACCCUUCCUGCAGGGCUUCCUGGAGCAGUGCAAGUUCACAGACGUGACCUUGAGCCCCUGGAGUGGGGACAGCAAGUGCCAUCAGCGCCGGGUGCUGACCUACACCAUUCCCAUCAGCAACCCGCUGGGUCCCAAGAGCGCCUCCGUGGUAGAGACACAGACGCUGUUCCGGCGCGGCCCGCAGGCAGGCGGGUGCGUGGUGGACUCGGAGGUGCUGACGCAGGGCAUCCCUUACCAGGACUACUUCUACACUGCCCACCGCUACUGCAUUUUGGGCCUUGCCCGGAACAAGGCCCGGCUCCGAGUGUCUUCUGAGAUCCGCUACCGGAAGCAGCCCUGGAGCCUGGUGAAGUCCCUCAUCGAGAAGAACUCAUGGAGCGGCAUUGAAGAUUACUUCCACCACCUGGAGCGAGAGCUCACCAAGGCCGAGAAGCUGUCCCUGGAGGAAGGCGGGAAGGACGCCCGGGGACUGCUGUCAGGCCUUCGGAGGCGGAAGCGGCCCCUGAGCUGGAGGGGUCACGGUGACGGGCCCCAGCACCCAGACCCUGACCCCUGCGCCCGGGCUGGCAUGCACACCUCAGGCUCCCUCAGCUCCCACUUCUCGGAACCGUCCAUGGAACAGGGCCCCGGGGCAGGCAUCCCCAGCGCCCUGGUGCUCAUCAGCAUUGUCCUCAUCGUCCUCAUCGCCCUCAACAUCCUCCUCUUUUACCGCCUCUGGUCCCUGGAGAGGACAGCCCACACUUUUGAGUCCUGGCACAGUCUAGCCCUGGCCAAGGGGCCCUGCACCCCCCGCAGUAAGUUCCCGCAGACGGCUGCAGAGUGGGCGGAGAUCCUGGCCCUGCAGAAGCAGUUCCACAGCGUCGAGGUGCACAAGUGGCGGCGGAUCCUGCGGGCCUCCGUGGAGCUCCUGGACGAGAUGAAGUUCUCCCUGGAGAAGCUGCAUCAAGGCAUCACCAUCUCAGACCCUCCCUUCGACUCCCAGCCACGGCCCGAUGACAGCUUCUCCUGAGGACGCCAGGCCACACCGCUGUCCCUCCAAAUGGACAGAUGGACACAGAGCCUCGGUAGCCACUGCUGGCACGGUGUGAACACCGGGAGCCUCCUGCCCACCCUUCCCAGUGGCCCAGCCCGGGGCCAUGCAGACAUGGGGACCACAGAACCAAGAUGCACUUUAGACCAGUGUGUGCGAGUCCAGCUGCCAUUGCCUGCCCAGCCAGGGAGCUUGCCUGGCCUUCAGCAGGCCUCCUGCUAACUUAUUUUGCCCAGCUGGGGUUGUGGGGGGUAUCUCCCAGGGUGCACAAUCCCUUUAGCUCUGGGUUUAAUGUAUUAUAUUUAUUUGGAGCCGACAGAGCCUCAAUAAAGGUUUGGAAAUGGC